AUGCUGUACAUUGGAUUUCGCUGUCAGAGCUGUUCUGAAAAGGGCCACACUGUAGACGGGAACUUCCCUUUCAACAAAGUGUUACAUAUUGACAUUUUUAUUCGAGGAAUACAAAUGUUUGAGCCAAAUGCUCAUGCUGCGCAGGUAUACAAGUGCGAUUUAGAAAAAAUUGCGCAUCGGUUGCUUAAUUAUGAUGGCUCGCAUUACCAACUUCAUGUGUAUGCAGUCAACCACUACGAAGGCCCAAUUGCCAACAUUAGCACAUGGCCGUAUGAGAUGGUAAACGCAACUAAUUUUUGGCUCGGUGACUUUCCGUCAAUGCAACGGGUAAGGUUCCAUCCUUCAAGUGUUGGUCGGCAGGUUCACGCUGCGUUGCGU